GACGCGUCAGUCCUCCACGCGUCCAAGUUGAUCUCCGCCCUGGUGGUGGAUCUCUUCGGCACCGACGCCUUCGAAUCCGCCGUCGAACUCAACAUCCCUCCUUACAUCUUCUUCCCCUCCACCGCCAUGACCCUCUCCUUGUUCUUCCACUUGCCGGAGCUGGACCGAACGGUGUUGUCCGAGUACCGUGACGUGCAUGAGAAGCUUCAAAUCCCGGGAUGCGCUCCGAUCCACGGCCGGGAUUUGAUCCAGCCGGUUCAGGACCGGACGAGUGACGCGUAUCAAUGGGUGCUUCGUCAUGCGAAGAGGUACCGAAUGGCGGAAGGGAUAGUGGUGAACACCUUUCAAGAACUCGAGCCCGGCCCGGUUCGGGCUUUGCUUGUCAAGGAAAAUGGUAAGCCCGAUGUUUAUGCAAUCGGGCCUUUGAUCAAAAUGGGCUCAAGUAAUCCCGAGAUUAACGAAUCCGAUGCUAUAAGUGUGAAGUUCUUGGAUCGACAACCCAAUGGAUCAGUUUUGUAUGUUUCUUUUGGGAGUGGUGGGGAUUUAUCACAUGAUCAAAUAGUUGAGAUAGCACAUGGGUUGGAGAAGAGUGGCCAAAGGUUUUUAUGGGUUCUUCGAUGCCCUAACGCAAACCCUAAUGCUUCAUAUUUCGACAUUCAGAGCUCCGGUGACCCUCUGGCUUAUCUGCCACAAGGGUUCCUGGAGAGGACCCAGGAUCGGGGCCUGGUGGUGCCGUUGUGGGCCCCACAGGCCCAGAUCCUGACCCACAAGUCCAUUUGCGCUUUUCUGACGCACUGUGGGUGGAAUUCAGUUCUCGAGAGUGUUUCCAGUGGGGUGCCGAUGAUUGCGUGGCCGCUUUACGCGGAACAAGGGAUGAAUGCGGUGAUGCUACAUGAGGAUGUGAGGGUGGCUUUGAGGCCUCGUGUGGGAGAAAAUGGAUUGAUUGUGAGAGAUGAAGUCGCUAGAGUUGUUAAGGGUUUGAUGGAAGGUGAAGCAGAAGAAAAGGAGAUUCGUGGUCGAAUUAGGGAUCUCAAGGAUGCAGCUGCAAAUUCGCUAAGUGAAAAUGGUACAUCUACAAAAUUUCUUGAUGAAUUAGCUGAAAAAUGGAAAAGAAACAAUUCUUGCAAAUAA